UAUGAGUUUAAUGGCCAACCCUGGUCGAACUCUUUGGCUGAUUUGGCAACAUUGGGCCCCGCUUCCAGAGCUUCCUAGGGACUUUAGUGGACUUUAGGAUGACUUUAGGCUUUAGGCUUCCUCUUCCAAAUCACAGUUCCAAAUUCCGAACAAACAUAUGGUUUGUGAACAUAACCCUAAAAAUGGCUAAAAAUAUUAGCAGCUAAAAUUUUUGUUUUGUGAUGGUUUUCUGUUAAAAUAUCUGAAGAUUACAAAAUGUUAUCACGAAAUUCAUUCUCUAAAAUAUGCCGCACAUGCUUAAUUCAAAACGAGCUCUAUUUAAUUGAUGAAGUUAACUGGGAAGACCUUAAUCUUACAGAAAUCAUACAAAAUUAUAUCCCUCUUGAGUUGAAAGAAAAUGACAAACUUCCAAGAAUGAUGUGCAAAUAUUGUAUUAAAGCUAUGUAUCAAAUAUAUCACUUUUUUCUUAAGUGUAAGACAUCAGAAGAAACUUUACUAGGAAUUAUUCAUCAAGAAAGUCAGGAUGAACUAAACAAACAAGUAUUAGACAGAAAAAUAUCCGAAACAGAGGUUUAUGAAACUAAUGGAGGUAAAAAUAACUUAGUGAAAUCAGAAAGUGAGGAUGUUGGUGAUAAUUAUUCAGAUAUUCAAUACACAGAUGAUCUAUCUGAUCUUGACGCUAAAGAAGUUUAUGAUGAUAUUUUUUAUGACAGUGGGAAAGAAGAAAAGAGUACUACAUUGAGGAUUAUAAAUAAUAUUGAAACAGAAAUUAUACUGAAUAAUAAACCAGCUGAUCUUGGUGAUAUUACGGGAUUGAAAAACGGUUUAGGUGAUGACAUUGAGAAAGAAGAGAAUACUGAUGCUAUAAUUGCUAUAUCUGAUAUUGUGAAUGUUAAAACGGAAGUUAAUCACAUUGAUAUAAAGAAAGUUAUGAUGAGACAAAGACACAAGGCACAGUUAAUUGAUCAAGUAAAUUUAUUAAAAAAUAAAAACAAGUCACAUACUUUUCUAGAAGGUCCCCCAUACAAAUGCAUUAACUGUGAUUCAUCUUUCCAAAGCUACGAGGAACUAGCAAAGCACCAAAUUGAGACCAAACACAAAAAGUUACACAAGACCAAACACAAAAAGUUUAUAUGUCCCUAUUGUAAAAAGGAACAUACAUAUAGGUGUAUGCAUUUAGAACAUGUUCGAACCCAUACAGGAGAAAAGCCAAAUAAAUGCCCUACAUGUGGCAAAUGCUUUAAUUUACAGAGCGUCUUAAGUAGACAUAUACUGACGCAUAUGGAAGUCAAGCCAUUUAAAUGUAGAUUUUGUACUAAACAGUUUAUACGAGGACCAUAUUUAAUAGACCAUGAAAGAAAACAUACAGGGGAAAAAUUAAUAUGCUCAUUUUGUGGGAAAAGUUUUCAAUCAAAUUUAGUAUUGUCACAUCAUGAAAAGGCUCAUAAAGAGAUGGAAAAAUGUAAUAAGGAACCAAAAAAAUAUAAUGUUAAAUUAUUUCAAUGUGAUAUAUGUGGAAAGGAAUUACAUUCAAUUACAUCAUUAAAAGAGCAUGUACUGUUACAUGGAUCACGGGAUUUUUCUUGUGAAAUAUGUGGAAGAGCUUACAUUACUAAAAAAAAAUUGGAAGACCAUUUUCAAAUUGCUCAUACAGGAAUGAAACAUUUGUGUCAUAUAUGUAACAAGGAAUAUACACGAGAAAAUGACUUGAAGACUCAUAUUAAAUCGCAUGCCAAUAUGCCAAAUAUUUAUCCUUGUGAAAUAUGUAAAAAAACAUUUUCACUUAAAGGAUCUUUAGCUCAACAUAUGCGAAUUCAUACAGGCGACACAAAAUAUCAAUGCAAAGAGUGCCUUAAAAUAUGUACCACUAAGCGUAAUUUAGAGAAUCACUUGCGUAUCCAUACUGGAGAUAAACCUUUUGUCUGCAAUUUUUGUGGAAAAAUGUGUGCUCACGAAGCCAACUUAAAACAACACAUGAGACUCCAUACUGCAGAGAAGAAAAAACACAUUUGUGAAAUAUGCGGCAAAGCAUUUCAUUUUGGCAGCAGAUUGAAAAAACAUCUUGCAAUUCAUAAUAAGAAUGGACAACUUGAAAUAACAGAGUAGAAUAUUUUAUUCUGUAUUUGCGUAUCUUUUUUGUACUUUAUUUUAAGUACUUAUAUAAACAAAUAUCGGUUUAAAAUAAGUUCAAAUAGGAGACUUUGGAAUUUUUUUCAUGUGUGUAUUUUUAUACUUUGUAUU